AUGAGUAGAAAAACCGAUCCGAUAUUUAGGGGUAAUAAGCAAGCCGAUCCAGAGAAUCCAUUGGUUGAUCAAUUUGAUGAUCAGGUUGACACCUUGCAACAAACAAUUGGCGCUUUGAAACAAGUUUCUAACGCGUUAGGCGAAGAACUAGAAAGACACAACACUUUACUUGAUCAAAUGCAAAAUUCAUUCCAAAAGAGUGAAGAUCUUGUUAAUAGAUUGCUCUCAGGAGUUGAUGAAAUUUUCAAGAAAACAGGAUUAAGCCCUACAACUUUGACAUUUCUAUUUGUUCUCGGAGUUAUACUUUUCCUUUGGCUCUAUUGGAAGAUUUUUGCUUAA